UCAACUCAAUACUCAGCCUCAACUCUGAGGUUUUCCCUCAAAUUUAUUCCCUCACCCUCAAGUCGCCGUCACCACUCAAAAUUGAGGGAUAAUCUUGAGGAAAUCCUCAAAUAUUUAAGUAUACAUUCAUAGCAACCUUAAGUUCUUCCUCACGCAAAUCCAACAUGGCGCACAGACGUAGCAGACGACGUAGACUGCAGCGGUAUUGGAAUAGACCGUCCAAAAGGGUGAUUCGGGACCGUCUGAACCCCUUAGAAGCGUAUACUGACGACGAGCUUUUUGAGCGUUAUCGAUUUAGACAGGUGUCGGUAGUGUAUCUUCUAUAUUUAAUAGGUGGUACCUUAUUAGAAAGCACUAGAAACAAUGCCUUACCCCCGAUGUUGCAGCUGUUUGUUUGUCUUCGCUUCUUUGCGACAGGCGCUUAUCACAAACUCAUAGGUGAUAGUUUGAAUGUAUCAGAGUCCACCGUCGGCAGAUGUUGCAGAUCGAUAACUGAGGCCAUCCUCCUUGUUCGAAAACAAUUUAUUGUUUUUCCGAGAGAUGAUGAAGCCCGGAAAACAAAGCAAGAAUUCAUCAAAAUUGCCGGAUUCCCGAACACACUUGGCUGUGUCGAUGGCACAUUUAUUAGAAUCCUGGCUCCAACUGAAAACGAACCGGAUUUUGUAAAUAGAAAGGGGUUUCAUUCUUUAAAUGUACAGAUGGUUUGUGAUGCCAAAUUUAAAUUCACAAGCGUCUGUGCCAGCUGGCCAGGGAGUGUCCAUGAUAGUAGGAUCUGGCGAGAGUCCUCCCUUUGUCGACAGUUUGAAAGAGGUGAACACAAUGGAAUUUUGUUGGGCGAUUCAGGAUACCCCUGCAAGCGAUUUUUAAUGACGCCUUAUCUUAAUCCACAAACAAACGCUCAUCAAAGAUUCAAUGCUUCCCUAUGCAGAACGAGGGUGCUCAUUGAGCAAAGUUUCGGCAUUCUGAAACGGAGGUUUUCCUGUCUUCAAGGAAUUCUGAGAACGACUCCUGAUCAAGCAGUGGGAUACGUCGUCGCCUGUGUCAUCCUGCAUAACCUUGGCAUUCAAACUGGUGAUGUGAUGGAUAGAGUAGACCAGCCAAUGGACGCAUUUGACGAGACCGCCCACCAAGUUGCGUGCAAUUCUCCAGAGGGAAGUCACUUGCGAGAUUAUAUCGCACAGACGUAUUUUGGUUAAAGUUCAUUUUGAAAAUUUGGAGAUACAAGUGAAAACGUGGUUUAUUUGAAGAAAUAAAUAGAUGUGUUAUAUUCAAUAUUCCCCCAAUCUCGUGUUUGUGAUCUAUUUAAAAGGACAUGGU